GGAUUGUGCGCUUGCGCAACCGGUAUGAAAUAAGUGCUAUGCUUGUAAAAGAAAAACCAUUGGGAUCGGGAUUUGGAAUAGGAAUAAUUGGUUGUGUUUACUUUAUACGGAAGAGUGGGACAAAACAAGAAUUGUACCUUUCAGGAAUUGUCAAAUAACCAUUGUUUCAGAUAUCCUGGAAGAUAUUUUCCGGUGUUGUAAACGGCCGCCAAAAUACGACCAAUCGAUGAUGCGUAUGCCCGAUCUCGCAGAGUCGAAACGAAUUGACUUUUAGUAGUUGUAGUGUCAUUUUGUGCGAGAAGGGAUUUUGGAGAAUAUUUGUGUUGAUACAAAUAAAAGGGAAAGUGUUGGAUUAACCGGAGUGACAAAGAUAAACGAUGACGGAUACAGUGCAGGCGGUCGAUCCGCCUCAGACCAACGGCAUAGACACGUUCGACGAAGACGAAAGGACCAAAAACAGACCGGCAGACAUCGAUGCAGACGUCAAGGAGAUGGAGAGGCGAAAGAGGGUGGAGAACAUAAUGAACAGCAAAAUGUUCCGCGAAGAACUCGAAAGGAUAAUCGAGACACAAAUGAGCGAAGGCACGGGGACCAACAGCCUGAUGCAACAGAUAUCGGACAUGAUGGGCGUGAAUAAGCAGGCAGGAGGCAACUUCUACAAGAGCUCAAGCUGCGUCCUGCCCAUCAACGACAUCAGGGGGGUCGAGGCGAUGAGUUACGGCAAGGGCGAGAAAAUACUGAGGUGUAAACUGGCCGCCGUGUACAGAUUGAUCGAUUUGUGCGGCUGGAACCAAGGCAUCUCCAGUCUCAUAACUGCCAGGUUGAACCAAGACGAAGAACAGUUCUUGGUCAACCCUUACGGAAUGCUCUACCACGAAAUUACUGCCUCUAGUUUGAUUAAGGUAGAUAUGCAAGCCAACGUGGUCGAACAGGGCACCACGAACUUCUCCGUCAAUAUAUCAUCGUUUUCCUUACAUGGUGCUAUUCACGCCGCAAGGCCCGACAUCAAGUGUAUCAUCCACAUCCACACUCCUUCGGUUGUAGCUAUCUCCGCCACCAAACAAGGAAUUUUGCCAAUUAGUCAAGAGUCCGUAGUAAUCGGAGAAGUGAGCACCCACCCGUUCCUUGGGGGCCUACUUGAUCCCGAGGAAAAAGACAAGCUAGCCAGAAAUCUAGGACCUAACAACAAAGUUCUUCUAUUGACGAACCAGGGGGUUCUGUGUUGCGGCGAGACGAUAGAAGAAGCUUUCUUCAACGCCCGAAAUACCGUCCUCGCUUGCGAAGCUCAACUGAAAGUCUUACCGAUCGGACUGGAUAAUAUAAUGCUCCUCAACGAGGAGACCAGAAAGAGGAUCUACGAGGCGGCGCAUAAGGCCCCCGAGAGCACGCCGAGACCGGACAAACCUACGAUACUGGAGGGUAAGGUGGAGAGGAAGUGGAGAGUGGGAGGGGUGGAGUUCGAAGGGUUGAUGAGGAUGUUGGACAAUGUCGGUUUCCGAACUGGCUACAUAUACAGACAUCCCUUGGUCAAGGGUGAAGUACCGAAACCUAAGAACGACGUCGAGGUUCCACCGGCUGUUUCAUCGCUAGGAUACCUGUUGGAAGAGGAAGAACUCUAUAAAAAAGGACUAUGGAGAAAUCUAGGCGAAGGAAAGAAGGGACAACAUCGAAGCAGGUGGUUGAACUCUCCCAACGUCUAUCAGCGUGUGGAGAUCCUAGAGACCGGCACCCAAGAUCCCAAGAAAAUCACAAAGUGGGUUGCUGAUGGAUCGCCGACACAUUCAAGCACUCCCAUUAAAAUUGAAAAUGCCUUGCAAUUUGUACCGAAGAACACAGAUCCCAAGGAGUUCAAGUUGAAACAACAACAGAUCAAAGAUUACAGAAGAGCGGAUAAAAUAUCUGCGGGGCCACAAUCAUAUAUAUUAGAUACACUAACAUGGGAAGAAGCCAAAAAAAUGCAAGAUGCUUCCUUGAAUCAAUCUGGAGAUCAGGUUGUUCUGAUGGGAGCAGCUUCGAAAGGUAUAAUCCAAAGAGGACAUCAGCACAAUGCUAUGGUUUAUAAGUCACCCUAUGCUAAAAACCCGUUUGACUCAGUCACUGACGAGGAAUUGGACGAAUACAAAAAGGUUGUAGAGAAGAAAGUGAAAGGCGAUUAUGAUACAGAUUAUAGUGAAUCAGAAAUGUCGUCGGCCGCCAUAAAUAAGAGAAUGGACAGUUUGCAUCACAGAUCUCCUACGAGUGAAACAGAAGAGGAAAGUAGAGAUGAACCUCAAGUUUUACGGAUAGAAACCACUCAAGCACCUAGACCAAGUCAGCCAGAAGUUGUAUUAAGCGACGGUAAGUUUUCAAUGUACAAACUAAAAAAUAACCCAGAAAACAACAACAUUUACCGAACUAACAGUCAUCAUGGUCUUCCAAAAGGAUCAUUCCUUCUUCCUAAUCCUGUUCAUUUUCACAUUGCACAUGAAAAGCAAAUAGCACUCCGUAGAAAGCCUCAUAUAACCUCGCUUUCACCAUUCAAUUGUUCCACUGGAUAUCUGUUUAACCACAAUAGAUUAAGAAGCAAUUCUAAACCAAUCGUAACUGUUAAUUUUGACAACACCCAUUCAGUCUCCUUGAAUAUACCAAUUGAAAUACUUAGAGGUUUCAUACUUCCAUUUGCGACUGCCUUGAAUUUGACGAAAUUGCCUAGUUUAAAUUCACAAUCUUCUCAAACUACCUACAUGAGUAACUUCCAGCGAAUGAGGCCAAAUAAAUCGGAAUUACAAAGAGAUUAUACUCCGUUAGUUUUCGAAAAAAGUGAGAUUUAUGAGGGAGAUGCUGAUAAAACUUCAUCUUUCGAAGCUCAGAUACUAAAAAAGAUGCAAAUCAAAAUCAUGGAUAUGUCCAUUGAUUCCAAUACUUCCGUUUAUGGUUCCAAAAAUACAUCGAGUUCUUCCAGCUAUGAGAGAAAUGAGGAGGAUGUGGAUAGUGACAAAAGUAUGUGCGAUUUUAGCUUUUAUUGUCACAGCGCAGAAGAUGAGGAAAAAGAUAAGGCCACACUGAUUUCACAUGAAAGAGAAAUGAUUCUUCUUUCAGAUGUAGAAAUUAUUGAUGAGAGUGACAGUUCAGACAAUACAUACUAUACUUGCCCUAAUAUUAAUUUGAUAGAAGAAAUGCCUUUUUAUAGUAUAGAUGACAGUGAGUUACAAAAUCUUUUGAAAGAAACGCCUCUUUAUUCAUUAAACGUUCAAGAAGAUGAAUACUGUAACAUGUCGAAUACAAAUAUAACAUUAUCUGAUGAAGAAUUCAUAGAUGAAGCAAUAGAAAAAGUUCUGGAAAAUAUUGAAGGAUCCAUAAGCAAUCUACCAGAGAAUAGUUCAGAAAUAAGUGCACAAGUGCCAGAUUAUACUGAAUAUCCGAAAGAAGAAAUCCACAGGAUUUUAUGGAGAAUUUCCGAAGCUUCUAACGAAGACAAACAAAGCACAAUAACAAAUGUUUCCGAGGCUUUUUCAGAAGAGAUCGAUGUCAAGAAUAACACUUUCAUCAUAGAUGACUAUAAAGAGUUAGAAGAGAUGUUUGAUACAUUUGACUUGGACAGAAAAAGUGACGAGAAUAGAGAAAGUGAUUCAGAGCACAAGAACUACCCAUCUGUCGAGAAUUAUAGAAACGAACCGGAAAAUGAAGUUGAUGGAGUAGUUCAGGAGUUGAGUGAAGAUGAAGGAAUAGAAGACAUCACGCCUCAAAAAGUCGAUAAACCUUUAUGCAGCACAGAAACUCAACCCAUCGAUGAAAAAGUGAAAAAAUUGUCAGAUAUUAUAUAUGAGUAUUUACAGCAGCAAUGUUUCGAAAUACGUGAAAUAGUUCUAUUUCCCGAAGUGCUCCAUGAUCCCAACCUCAACAAACUAUUAGCUCGACUUAAAACCAUGUACGAUGACUUCUACUCUGAUAGAUUAACCAAUGAGGAAAAGAACGAACUGAGGUUAAGUAUUAGUUCUAGUAUAUUGAAUCGUCUUGAAGUUGAUGAAAAUGUCCAGAAUGUGUCGAAUGACUCCAGCAUACUGAGCAUGAUAUCUGAUAAGAUAUUUUCGAUAACCGAGUUUGUCUCAGACAUUUUAGAUAAUUUUUUCAACCUUAUUAGUUGUUUUGUUGUUAAGGAAGAUAGCAAUGGUGAAAACUUUUUAGAAUUCACCAAACCCUUCAGGGACUCUAAUGGCAAUGUUCUCCAUUCCACACCCGAAUCUCCAUUGAAUAUAUCGCAAAUUAUCAAUGACGAAGAUGUUGCUCCAGAUCCAGAAGUAGGUACUCCUCAAAAUAUUGCAGAUGUAUCUGGUGUUGCUGUUACAUCUUUCAAAAAGAAUACCUCCAAGAAGUCUGGCGCUGAAACUUUUUGGAUAUCCUGUUAUUCUAGUCCUCAAGAAGUCGAGAGUAUUCCAAGGACUCCUAGACGUAUUGUGAAUGUUGACGAGAUCCCUCUCAGACCACCUGAAGAUUUGUUGAACGUUAGUUCUUCUUUAUAUUCUAUAAAGGAAGAGCCUAGAUGUAACUUAUUCCUGAACUAUGAGGAGGAAACUGAAACUGAGAACUUGAAGAAUCCUUGCAUGUCUGAAACUGCCCUAGAUGAUAUAUUAGCAGGCGGGGAUGGGUCGUACCUGAAUUUUGACAAACCCGAAGUCAACGUUGUUCUACAUAACGAAGUUAAAUUUUAUAGGAUUAGUUCUUUUGAUACUGUCUCUUAUAUCAAAGCUGACAGUGUAACCUUACGAAAAAGUAAUGAAAGCGUAGAGUCUUUUUAUUCUGUUGAGGAUAGUAAUGACGAAGGAGACUGGAUGGGUUAUGAAAUGGCACAGUUUUAAAUAUAAAUAUGAUUUGAUAUUAUGUUUUAAUGAGAGUUUUAAGUGUUGAGUUUUUAAUAUUAUGUUUUCUAUAUUUCUUGUUUUUGAAUAAAUUAUGUAAUAUAAAAAGGUUCUUUGGAGCCAUUUCAUUCUGAGAUACAUUUAAUUUAUUCUUGAAAAAUUGAUCAAUCGUUCUUCUAUUUUAUAUUAGAAAAGUGGAAUCUAGUCACUUUUGUGUUUUGUUUUAUUUUAUGUCUGUUUGUUACACAUUAACUAGUUUUAAUGCUCCUGGCAUGGGUUUUUAUCGAGGUAGUUCUAGUAAUUGUAUUGGUUCUCGAUGGAAUUUAGUAACGUGCCUUCAAAUAUAUUUUCUUCAUUAACUUUA